UUUACAAAUCAAAUAAAUAGUAAAACAGAUACUAUUUUUGUGAUAAUAUUUUAUACAAACAAUAAUCAAUUAAAAACAUGUUUAAGUUUUUGAUAACUUUCGGCAUUGGAAUUUAUGUUGGCAUAUGUCUAAGCCAAAACUAUAACAUACCCCGUUUAGAUGAUCCUGAUACAAUAAUGGAAAAAAUAAAGGAACUUAAAGAUCAAUAUAGAAAAAAAUGAAUAAUAAUUAUUUACUAAUAUAUGGAAUGCUGCUUUUACACG